AUGGGUCGUAUGCACAAUCCCCACAAGGGUAUCGCCGGUUCCGCUCUUCCCUAUAAGCGAACCCCCGCACGAUGGCUCAAGGUCACCCCUCAGGAGGUCUCAGAGCAGAUCUUCAAGUUGGCCCGUAAGGGUAUGACCCCCUCCCAGAUUGGUGUUGUCCUCCGAGACAGUCACGGUAUCGCUCAAGUCAAGAGUGUCACCGGUUCUAAAAUCCUCCGUAUCCUCAAGGGCAAUGGUCUUGCCCCUGAGAUUCCUGAGGAUCUCUACCACCUGAUCAAGAAGGCAGUCUCUGUCCGAAAACACUUGGAGCGCAACCGAAAGGACAAGGACUCCAAGUUCCGUCUCAUCUUGAUCGAAUCCCGAAUCCACCGUCUCACCCGAUACUACAAGACCAAGUCCCAGCUCUCACCAUCCUUCAAGUACGAGAGUGCCACCGCUUCCACGUUGGUAUCAUAA